GCCGCCUCGUACGCCACCGCUGUAGAGCGGGGACGCCCCUUCCUGCACCCGCCGGCCCGCCAGGCCUGGCCCAGGACCCCCGGGGAUGCGGCCACGCCCCAGGAGAAUGUGCACAGCCCACCCGUGGUGAUAGGGGACCCUAAGAAACAGCAAAGGGUGCAGCAGCUGGAGUCGGAGCUCAGCAAGAAGCGAAAGAAAUGUGAGAGCCUGGAGCAGGAAGCUCGGAAAAAGCAGAGGCGAUGUGAGGAGCUGGAACUGCAGCUGAAAGAAGCCCAGAAUGAGAAUGCACGGCUGGUGGAAGAGAACUCUCGGCUCAGUGGCAGGGCCACCAAGAAGGAGCAGGUGGAGUGGGAGAACGUGGAGCUGAGGGGCCAGCUCCUGGGGGUGACACAGGAAAGGGACUCAGCCGUUCGCAAGAGCCAGGGCCUACAGAGCAAGCUGGAGAGCCUGGAGCAGGUGCUGAAGCACAUGCGGGAGGUGGCCCAGCGGCGGCAACAGCUGGAGGUGGAACAUGAACAGGCUCGGCUCAGCCUUCAGGAGAAGCAGGAGGAGGUCCGGAGGCUGCAGCAGGCCCAGGCAGAAGCCAAAAGGGAACAUGAAGGAGCCGUGCAGCUGCUGGAGUCUACCUUGGAUUCCAUGCAGGCCCGGGUCCGAGAGCUGGAGGAGCAGUGCCGCAGCCAAACCGAGCGCUUCAGCCUCCUGGCUCAGGAGCUCCAGGCCUUCCGUCUGCACCCAGGCCCCUUGGACUUGCUUACUUCUGCGCUGGGCUGCAGUGCCCUUGGGGACCACCCCCAACCCUCCUGCUGCUGCUCUACUCCUCAGCACUGCCGGGGCUCUGGCCCCAAAGAUCUUGACCUCCACCUGGGUUCCCCAGGGCGCUGCACUCCAAAGUCUUCCGAGCCUGCUCCUGCCACCCUUACUGGGGUCCCUCGAAGGACAGCCAAGAAGGCAGAGUCUCUCUCUAACUCCUCACGCUCUGAGUCCAUCCACAAUAGCCCCAAAUCAUGCCCUACACCGGAGGUGGACACAGCCAGUGAGGUGGAGGAGCUGGAGGUAGAUAGCGUCUCCCUGCUCCCAGCAGUGACAGAGGGCAACCCCGGAGGAUCCAGGAUCCAGGUCUUCCUCGCACGCUAUAGCUACAACCCCUUUGAGGGCCCCAACGAGAAUCCAGAGGCAGAGCUUCCACUAACAGCUGGCGAAUACAUCUAUAUCUAUGGCAAUAUGGACGAGGAUGGGUUUUUUGAAGGGGAGCUCAUGGAUGGCCGAAGGGGCCUGGUCCCUUCCAAUUUUGUGGAGCGUGUGUCUGAUGAUGACCUCCUGACCUCCCUCCCUUUGGAACUGGCCGAUUUGUCUCACAGCUCAGGCCCUGAACUCAGUUUCCUGAGCAGAGGUGGGGGUGGCAGCAGUAGUGGGGGCCAGAGCAGCGGGGGACAUAGCCAGCCCAGACCGGAGGAGGAGAACGCAGGGGAGGAGCUCAGCCUGAGCCCCCCGCCGGAGGGCCUGGGUGCUCUCUCGGUGCCUUACCCUCGCCAUCUGGUGGUCCUCAAGCAGCUGGCCCACAGUGUGGUGCUGGCCUGGGAGCUGCCUCCUGAGCGAGUAGAACUCUGUGGCUUCCACAUCUGUGUGAACGGGGAGCUGCGGCAGGCCCUGGGGCCUGGGGCGCCCCCCAAGGCUGUGCUUGAGAACUUGGACUUGCGGGCGGGGCCCCUCCAUGUUUCCGUCCAGGCCCUGACCAGCAGGGGCAGCUCCGACCCUCUGCGCUGUUGCUUGGCUGUGGGUGCUCGAGCCAGGAUAGUACCUAGCCAGCUGCGAGUCCACCGGUUGACAGCCACAUCUGCAGAGAUCACCUGGGUGCCCGGCAACAGCAACCUGGCCCAUGCCAUCUACCUCAACGGGGAAGAGUGCCCACCUGCCCGCCCCAGCACCUACUGGACCACUUUCUGCAACCUACGGCCUGGCACACUCUAUCAGGCCCGGGUAGAGGCUCAGCUCCCACCCGAAGGAGCCUGGGAACCAGGCUGGGAGAGGCCAGAGCAUCGGGCUUCCACCCUGCAGUUCACUACACUCCCUGCAGGCCCACCUGAUGCCCCCCUGGAUGUGCAGAUUGAGCCAGGGCCCUCCCCUGGCAUCUUGAUCAUCAGUUGGCUCCCAGUCACCAUUGAUGCUGCUGGUACCUCCAACGGUGUCCGGGUCACAGGCUAUGCCAUCUAUGCUGAUGGACAGAAGAUCAUGGAGGUGGCCUCGCCCACAGCAGGCAGCGUGCUGGUGGAGCUGUCGCAGCUGCAGCUGCUGCAGGUGUGCCGCGAAGUGACUGUGCGCACCAUGUCGCCCCACGGCGAGUCGGCCGACUCCAUCCCUGCUCCUGUUGCUCCAGCCCUGGCUUCCGCCUGUUUGUCUGCCGGAGUCACCUGCCCCUCGCCACAACCGAGCCCGGAGGCUAGAACUCCUCUUGCUGUAGCAUCCCCAGGGCCUGGGGACCCCAGCUGUCCCCUGUGGUGCCCUGCUCCCUGUGGAGGUCCAGAGCCUCCGGGAGGCCCCCCAGCCAGCCUCACCAGAGAGAUGCCAAAAGGAGCCCAGGAGGAACCUGCAGCACCUUGCUUCCAGGAGGAGGCUGGGGCAGCUGUCCUGGGAGCCUCAGAGGAGAAGAGGGCUGGUGAGGCAACCACAGGCAAGGGAGGCCCUGGCCCUGCGGCUCCCUGCAGGGCCACGAAGGAGGCUGAAUGGACCAUAGGAGAGGCCGGUCCUAUGGUCUACCCCAUGCAGGGAGUACCAACCCUGAGGACGCCAAGUACUGAAGCCUGCCAUGGAGCCGACCCCGGGACGAAAGCCAGGGCUGAGAGGGAAGAUACCGCAGAGCUUGGGGUUCAUCUGGCAAACCCUGUCGUGGAUCAUGGCCGCAACUCAGACCUGUCAGACAUCCAGGAAGAGGAGGAGGAAGAAGAGGAGGAGGACGAGCUGGGUUCCAGGCCUUGCUCCUUCCAGCAGCAGGUUGCUGGUGGCAGCAGCAGGGAGAGUGGGGCCAAGCCCCAGCCUGACCCCUUUUGUGAGACUGACAGCGAUGAGGAAAUCUUGGAGCAGAUCUUGGAGCUGCCCCUCCAGCAGUUCUGCAGCAAGAAGCUCUUUAUCAUCCCUGAGGAGGAGGAAGAGGAAGAUGGAGAAGAGACUGAGGAGCAGGGGAAGCCAGGGGCAGUCUGUUCUUCUCAAGACCCCAGUCCAUCGGAGCCUCCAUCACCAGGGCUGGGCUGUGACAGUGGUCAGCCCCCAGGACUUGGCCUGUGUCCCCUGUCUCCUGAGCCCUCCAGGGCCAGGGACCACCUGGAGGAUAUGCAUGGACUGGUUGGUGGAAACAGCCGGAGGAGAGGAAGUGGCUCCCCUGAGAAACCCCCAAGCCGCAGGCGGCCUCCAGAUCCUCGAGAACACUGCAGCCGGCUUCUCAGCAAUGGCAGCUCCCAGGCCUCUGCACGGCCAGCACCCUCACGGGACCGGAGCAACCUCCCUGUGAUUGAGGGCAUCAGGGGCGGACUAGAGGCUGGUGGGAAAGGGCGGCCGGGCACUUCUCGGAGAUGCUCCCGUGGCCGAGCCCCUGAGUCAGGCCUGGCCAGCUGCCUGUCCCCCAAGGGCUCGGAAAUCAGCAUUGAAUAUGACUCUGAGGAUGAUCAGGAUGUGGGCAGUGGGGGCAUCAGCAUCACCAGCUCCUGCUACCCUGCAGAUGGGGAGCCCUGGGCCACGGCGCCUGUAGGAAGGCCACGGGGGCCUCUGAAGGUCAAUUUGGGCCCUAGCCCCUACCCACACCUCCCAGCCUGGGAGAAAGGGGAGCCAGAGAGGAGAGGCCGCAGCGUGACCAGCAGAGCCAAGGAGCCGCCUUCCCGGGCAGCAGAGACUGGGGAGGCCAGAGGGCAGGACAGCCCUGGGCAGAAGGGCCCUCAGAGGAGAGGGCCCCGGGUGCCCAGGCUGAGCACCACCGAGCAGGCCCCUCCAAGGAGUCCCCCGGAAACACUGGCUCACCAUGACUUACCUAUCAGGGUCUUUGUGGCUCUGUUCGACUAUGACCCCGUGUCAAUGUCGCCCAACCCUGAUGCUGGAGAAGAGGAGCUCCCUUUCCGGGAGGGCCAGAUUUUGAAGGUGUUUGGGGACAAAGAUGCUGAUGGCUUCUAUCAGGGGGAAUGUGGAGGCCAGACAGGCUACAUCCCCUGCAACAUGGUGGCUGAGGUGGCUGUGGACAGCCCCACAGGGAGACAGCUGCUGUUCCAGAGGGGUUAUCUGUCUCUAGAUGUUGUCACUGAGGGCACAGGGAACAGUCCCUUCGUGUAUUCCACAGCUCACACACCUGGGCCUCCCCCCAAGCCCCGCCGCUCCAAGAAAGCAGAGUUGGAAGGUCUCUCUCAGCCCUGCCCAGGUCCCCCAGAGCCCGUUGCCUCUGCUGCCCUGAAAGCUCCCCACCCCAUGGUAGCUGCAUUUGACUACAACCCCCGGGAAAACUCCCCCAAUAUGGAUGUGGAGGCAGAACUGCCCUUCAGGGCAGGGGACAUCAUUACUGUGUUUGGGAGCAUGGAUGAUGAUGGUUUCUACUAUGGGGAACUGAAUGGACAGAGGGGCCUGGUUCCAUCCAACUUUCUGGAGGGCCCCAAGCCUGAAGUAGGCAGCCCCAGUAGGGAGCUCAUGACAAUACCACGGCCGGAAAGUCAAGACUGGCUUGAAACAGGAGGACCCUCAGUGCCCCCCGGCUGGCACUGCGUCUCCAGCCCUGGGAAGCUCCCUAGGACUGAACUGGGGAAGCCACAGGGCACAGUUGAGAAGGUGCAAGGUCUCCUGUCCAAAGGGAAAGAGUUCCUCAAGAAACUGGGCUCUGGGAAGAAGGAGUGAAACUGUGGCCAUCCCAGGGAGAGAAGUGGCCCCUGGAGACGGCCGGGUUUCUGCUAAGGCUGGACCGGGAGGCCCUGACAGCCCAGGGCUCCCGUCCUCUGAGUUAACACUGUGGAUGGGAAUCAAAGAGAGCUGGUGAAGUGGGAGGCCAGGUGGGUCUUGAAGGUUGCAUCUUCUAGCCAGGCCCCUUGCCCUUGUAGGAGGGACAGAGCCCCACAGAGAGUACCCUGGCUGGGGUUGCUGAGCACGCAGCAGAGCCUGACUGCCAGUCUACCCACCUAGUCUAAUCUACCAGGCUGAGCAGGUCCCUUCUUUGGCCUUGCCUACACACACAGGACAAGACCCCGAGGGGAGAAGGGGCCUGUUCCCCCUGGUGGCUCUGGCUGUCCUGAUCACCCUCCCUUGAAGGAAAGUUUGCACUGGAGUCUCCCUGAGGGGCAGCGGGCGGAGCCGUGUAUAUAUGUACAUACUCAGUGCCUCACUCCAGCCCCUCCAUCUCGCCUCCACCGCACAGCACAGGCCGGGGAAGGAGGAAGGCCAUGCCAAAGCGGGCCUGCCCCCGCCUCACUGUGCUCCACCCCUCCCCGCCCUGUCACCUGGCCCCCAUGUCUCCCCUCCCGAAACCCAGGGGGCUGGGGGUAGAAAGCAGGAGUUGGGUUUGCCUUAUUUUGCUCAUUGGAUUCAACUUCUCUUUUGCAUUGUUUUCUUCUGACCCCUGUGGGAGUCCAGGGGCUGAGGAUAAGGACAGAUUUAUGCAGCUAUUUUCAUACAUUCCCUGUUCAGAGUGGGUAGGGGCCACCCCACCCUCACCCAAGCCACCCACCUCUCACCCUGGCUGGGUGAGUGUCUCUGCAUGUUUCCUUCGCUGUGGUGGGGAGAUGGUUUGACUGAACCCCCACCUCCACCUUGGUCUCCAGGAGUGUGGAAUGGUGGAGGCAUUUGUUUAA